UUUUCAGAAGUCAGCUGUCAAAAAGUGAAAUGUGUCCCUUUCCCAUUUCUGCACAGCAUAUCCCUCAGCACAAACAUGCCGAGUUAGGAGAAAAAUACCCAAAGCACAUCAAUCUUUUGACUGAAGAAUUUCACAGAAGACUUACUUUGUCUGUCUAAAGAAGAAGACAUCCAGUUGAAGCUGACUGAAGAUCUCUUUUCUGUGGAUCCAGAGGAAGUGCCACUACAUUUGCAGUUGGAGAUUAUUGAACUUCAAUGUUCGGCAGUUUACUGAAAUAAGCACAGAGAACUUAGCCUGUGGGACUUCUACAAAAGUCUGGACGAUGAAAAAUACAAGAAUCUUAUCAAAGUUGCACUGAAAACAUUCAGCAUUUUUGGAAGCACUUAUUUAUGUGAACAAACAUUUUCCAUCAUGAACAUGAAUAAAAACAAGCAACGUUCUUCUCUGACAACCAUUUGGAAGACAUUAUGAAAAUAUCCACUUCAAAUAUGACCGCUGAAUAUGACAAGCUUGUCGCUGAAAAGAGAUGUAAUAUCUCUCAUUAAAUUUGCAAGCUCCUGAACCCAAGCAGAGGAUCCUGUUGCGACACUUCUCUGGUUUAAUCAGUGACCUCUAAGGAAUCUGCAGAUCAGUGUGUGGCCUCCCUGCCAGGGCUUUGAUCACAUCUCCCCACUGCCUUCCCUCCUACUGCAGAUAUGGAGCCCAGGAUGUUGCAGCUCCUUUUCGUCCUCCAUGUCUUGGCCUUCCCAGUCCAGCUCUGUGAAAUUCCCAGGGGAAAUCCUGCUCUGAUCAAAUGCCUGAACAUGGAGCUCUUGAGACUCAGCCAGGAUCUGUCGGAGGAGCUGAACCCCAGUGUGUAUUUGGCCCUUCGUCUUUCUGCUGACCACAGUCUGGAGAAAGAGGCCCAGUACCUCCAGAGACUGAAGAAUGUCUUCCAGCCCAGUGCCAGCAGCUCCAAAGCAGGUGGCCAACAGAAGCAGCCCAACACAGGCCGCCUGGCUCUGUACCUCCUAGCACUGCGGGCUGCCUGCCAGGACAUGGAGAGGCUCCUGGAGAGGCGGCUGGUGACCCGGUUGAAGCACCAUCUGCACAAGGAGAAGGAGCAGAUAGCUUUCAAAAGGAAUGGCCGCCCCAUCACCAGUUACUACCAGUACAGCCUGGGGGUCUUGGCCCUGUGUGUCCAUGGCAAGAAGAUCGACUCCCAUGUGAUCCAGAAGCUCCUGAAUGCUGAGCAGCACAACAAGUUCACGCAUGGCAGCAAGCUCUCUGUGGACACCACGGCCAUGGCAGGCUUGGCCUUUGCCUGCCUGAAGCAGGCCAACCUCUAUGAACCCAAGCUAGUGGCAGCAAUCAGCCUGGCUGUCCAGAGAGUGACGAACAGGAUUCUCCAGGCUCAGACCACCAGGGGCACCUUCGGCAACAUCUUCAGUAGCCCACUGGCCAUGCAGCUCUUGAUCGCCACCAGGAUGAGCAAGAAGCCAGUGUGUCCCAAAGGCAUGGAUGCCCUGUUGGGGAGCCUGGAACAGGGUCACUUCCAGAACCCCAUGAUCAUGUCCCAGCUGCUGCCCGUACUGGAUGGCAAGAGCUACCUGGAUAUUGCCACCAUGGAGUGCCAGGCAGAGCAAGACACUUUGGAGCUAGACACCCAGUGCCCAGGAGCCAGGACAGUAAUUCUGGGGACCAAGAUGAUCAUUGUUCAGCUGGCUGUGGAGCACCCUCCGAACCCUGAGACGCUGUACAACCACUCCAUCCAGGUGCUCUCUGGGUCCUCCCUCCAGGACAUGCUGAGAACCGCUGCAGAGCAGGGCCCUGGGCAUUUCACGUUUGAAACCCAGAACACCUUGCAUGGUCCAUUUUUAGCUGCAGUGAUGGGGGUGAAAGCCAGCAAUGGAGAGCGGAGAUACUGGCAACUCCUCCAGGCCCCAGACACCAGUCUUCAGAAAGGCAUCUCUGACUACCACCCUCAGGACGGAGAGUCCAUCAUCCUGAAGUUUAGCCCCUGGUAGAAGGCCUGCUGCCUGCCUUCCAGCUCCCUGCCCCACCUCAAUCCACAGUGAACUCUCUGUGUGUGUCUCUCUCUCUACCCCAGAAGCAGGAGGUCUCAGCUAGAAAGAGCAGCAUAUGCCUGUCAGCCUGCGAGCCCUGUGCCCACAGAGUGGCAUCUUCCUCCUCACAAACUGAAGUCCAUAAUGCAAGUCCCUGGCCUCCUGUCAGAGUGUGUGUAUGUGUGUGUGUCUAUCUGUCAAAAGGGGCAAAUUCCCUCCUGCCCUGGAGACGUGUUCUGCUGUGGAUCAGCCACAACCAUCCACUCAAUGGAAACUAACCAUGUCAGGGAGUGGGGAGCAGCAGGUUUGGUGUAAAUGAAAAACCUUGAAUAUGAUGACACAUGCAUCUGAGGAAGUGGGUAUUCACCCAGGAAAGCUCAUGCUCCAAAACGUCUGUUAGUCUAUAAGGUGCCACAGGAUUCUUUGCUGCUUUUACAGAUCCAGACUAACACGGCUACCCUCUGAUAUAUGAUGACACAGUGCAUCAUAAUUCUGAUUUUCUAAUGCAGCUUUAACCCUUGCUGUGCUGUGACUGUCUAAACUGCCACCCAAUGAGUACAUAGGAGGAUGUGUCUGCAUCCUUCUGCUGGACACACUUUGCUUCCCAGAGGCCCACUGUACCAGUGCCCUGGUGUGACUGGGCUCCUGGGGAUUCUCUAGACUGCACCCCUCUAUAUAGCAGUCACUGCACAGCUCGCAGGCCAGGGAUUCCAUCCCUGCUCCCUCCCAAAUUUUUGAAGCAACAGAACUGCUGCUGUGACGAAAGGAUGUGGCUGAUAUCUCUGCUGUCUGGAGAGCAGUGGGUGGGAACCUGGCCCCUGUGCCAACGGGAGAUGGUGCCCCCAUGCAGCCACUCUCCCUCAGUCUGACAUUUGGAUCUGAAAUGAUUAAAGCUUUGAUUGCAAACCUGA